AUGCGUGUCUUCCAGGAUGUGACCGAGGACAAGCGAACUUCCAUCCUUGGCGAGCACUUCUCUCCUACUUCCAGGGGGCGUCACAGGGACCUGGCCUGGAGCGUGCUGGCAGGUCAGGUGGCUCUGCAUUGCCAUGAAAGGGGCAUGUUCAGGGCCCUUCCCCAAUUUAAAGAGUGCAUGGGGGCCUAUGUGGAGAGGGCCAUCUGCCCUGAAAUUAGGAACGAGGGUGGAUGGGCACAAUGCAGAUAUAAAACUGGAAGACUGUUGCUUGGAGAGCCUCUUCUUGGCAGGAUAGAUUCUGGACAAAAGCAGGAUUUGGAGGGCCAGAUGAAGAUAGUGUGCUGCAGGACAAUUGUUGGGAUUUGGCAUCCUUAUUUUUUUGUGGAAAAUUUUAAGCAACACUGCCACCUGCUGACCAGAAGUGGAAUAACUUAA